AUGUUCUCUCAAAAAAAACCCUACUCGGCCGUCACGGUCACGAUCGAGAACCUCACGGGCGAGGCGUACGAAGAAGAUGACCUCAGCGGCAUCCCCGACCUCGUCGAGGUCAUCAAGCUGCAGGCGUCGGGCCCGACCGAGGCCGCGCGUGCCAUCCGCAAGAAGCUCAAGUACGGCAGCGUGCACCGUCAGCUGCGCGCGCUGACGCUGCUCGACGGCCUGAUCCAGAACGCGGGACCGCGCUUCCAGCGGUCCUUUGUCGACGAGAUGCUGCUGGAGCGCCUCCGCGUCUGCGGCACGUCGGACAUGUCCGACCCGGACGUGCGCAAGAAGUGCUCGGUGCUGUUCCGCGGCUGGGCCGCCGAGUACAAGAACACGCCCGGCAUGGAGCGUCUGGCGCGUCUCUACAAGGAGCUGCCGCAGCGCAAGCAGGUCGUGACGCAGGCGCAGUCGCGCGUCGUGCGCGAGACGGAGAACCCCUUUGACGACGACGAAGACGAGGCCGACACAGCAGCGAAUGCGGCGGCGGCGGCGGCGUCGUCGUCGUCGUCCUCCCGGCCCUUUGCCCCACAGACGCAGACACAGCUGACGGGCCGCAUCGAGUCGUUUAGCUCGCUUGGCCGCGACGGCAGCAGCAGCAAGCCGUCCAAGGCCAAGGACAAGCGGUCGGGCACCAGCGGCAACAAGAAGUCGCGCAAGCCGUUCAACCUGGAGGCCGAGAAGCCGGUCAUGAAGGCCACGAUUGCCGACGCGUCCAUCGCCUCGACCGACCUGACCAACACGCUGCAGACCAUCAACCGCGAGCUCGAGCGGAUUUCCGAGAACGAGGCCGCCAUUGCGCGCUUUGAAAAGUGCAAGCUGCUGCGCCGCAAGAUUCUGCGCUACAUUUACCUCGUCAACUCGGAGGAAUACCUGGGCAGCCUGCUGCACGCCAACGACGAGCUGGUGACGGCCCUGAUGCUGUUUGAGCAGCUCGACCGCUCCAUCGAUGCCGACAGCGACUCGGACGACGACCUGGCCGAACAGGCCCACCGCUACCGCAUGAUCCAGGAGCAGGUGGCCAAGGACAAGGAGUCUGGCUCGACGCCGGCCUCGCCGACCUCGGCCUCCGCCGCUGUCCCGGACUUUGCCAGCCUCAACCUGGGCGACGCCACCAGCGGCCGCAGCAGCAAGCGCAACAGCGGCGUCCCCUCCCCCCCGGCGCUGCCGCAGCAAGCCCCACGCCCACCGGCGCCCCCACGGCCCUCAGCCACGUCCAAGCCGGUCGUGGGCCACUUGGGCAGCCGGCCCGCUGUGCCCACGGCGGCCAUGAUGGCGGCCGACGCUGCGCGCAACCGGUCUGCUGGCGGCGGCGGCGACGACUCGGACGGCGACAGCUACGUGGACGAUGACGACAACGACCCGUUCGCCGACCGGAACGCCGUCGGCACGCCCAAAGUUGAGCAAGGCGAACCGAGAUGGUAG